ACGAUGGCCCCGUCAUGCCUGAGACGGCGAUCUUCACCGCCGUCUUCAAUGCGCUCGGCUUCCUGCCCGCCAUCACGGCGUCCAUGCUGGUCGGCGGCGGGUCCUUCGCGAAGGGGCGGCAGCCGGUGCCGGCGCCGCCGUUCGUGUUCGGGGCGUUCGCGCUGGGGUUCUUCUCGCUGGGGCCCUACCUGGCCGUAAGGAACUACCUCCCGCAGGCGGCGGGUGACGAAGGGGAGGAGAUGUCCACGUUGGAGAAAGUCCUCACGAGCAAGGCCUUGGCCGUGCCCCUGCUGGCCUUGUCGGCGUUCGUGGUAUUUUCUCUCGUCUCGGCGCUUACCGGUCGACCUUUCAAUCAUCCUAGAAGCAUCGGAGUGGUUCGGUCGAUCUCUCCUACCAAGUUCGCCUCGCUGUAUUCCACCUCAUCGCUUUUCCUGGUACCUAAAAGAGGAUGCCUUGACGUUCCGAACAGGUUGGAGAUGCACUCGCACCGAACUAAUUGGCAAAAGAUGAAGGGCAGCAACAUCAAACCGACCCCACCCACACCCCUCCCAUCGAACCCACCCCCUUUCCAAGACCCCGAGGCGAUCUCGGCAUUUGGGGAGCUGUUCUGGAGCUCGAAGCUCGCCCACAUCUCCACGAUGGACCUGUGCGUGCUGAGCACGGUGAUCAUCGACCCCAUCCGAGAGGACAUGCGUCGGAGAGGCGUUGAGCCGGAGCUGGCGAAGGUAGCCUUGUUUUCGGUGCCCCUGGUGGGGCCGGCCGCGUGGAUGCUGGUUCGACCACCUGUCGAGUAACCUGUGAUAGCUCUAUCCGUUUGCCUACGUACCUCCUCCGUUUUUGAUUAUGGCAGUCAUAGCCGGCCACGUGAGUUGAUCGUGUUUACUGAUCUGUCGGGCAAUGUUUGCGCGAAGUCUCGACGGGCCGGUGAAGCACGCAAUCUGACGACGAGCUCACCGUGAUCUUGGGAAAGGGGCUGAAGGACCGGACGGUGGUGUUGCUGAGGCGGCUGUGUUGCGCAGAGGAACUGACCGCCUAGGGUGUGUCGAUUGUACCGAGGGGGGGACGGACUGUACUCAAUGUAACCGCACGCCGUACAGUAGUCUUGAGACCGCCUAGGGUGUGUCGAUUGUACCGAGGCGGGGACGGACUGUACUCAAUGUAACCGCACGCCGUACAGUAGUCUUGAGACCGCCUAGGGUGUGUCGAUUGUACCGAGGCGGGGACGGACUGUACUCAAUGUAACCGCACGCCGUACAGUAGUCUUGAGACCGCCUAGGGUGUGUCGAUUGUACCGAGGCGGGGACGGACUGUACUCAAUGUAACCGCACGCCGUACAGUAGUCUUGAGACCGCCUAGGGUGUGUCGAUUGUACCGAGGCGGGGACGGACUGUACUCAAUGUAACCGCACGCCGUACAGUAGUCUUGAGACCGCCUAGGGUGUGUCGAUUGUACCGAGGCGGGGACGGACUGUACUCAAUGUAACCGCACGCCGUACAGUAGUCUUGAGACCGCCUAGGGUGUGUCGAUUGUACCGAGGCGGGGACGGACUGUACUCAAUGUAACCGCACGCCGUACAGUAGUCUUGAGACCAUUGAUCUCGCAUCCCACCAUCGCCGAGGCGGAGCGACAUGCCGGGUUUUCGCCGAUCCAGAUAUACGCACGUUUCACAAGGAUGAACCAGAAGCUGGCCAUCAUCCUGCGUUUGACGUUCAAACCAGGUAUACCAUUCCGUGGGUUGACCGGGGGCGGGGGGGGGNGGGGGGGGGGGGGGGGGGGGGGGGGGGGGGGGGGGGGGGGGGGGGGGGGGGGGGGGGGGGGGGGGGGGGGGGGGGGGGAUGCGGCCGAAGGACGACGACGAUGCUGCUGGACUUCGGUCUUGGUAUCCACAGCAUCCAGAAGUUGCCCGUACACGAGAUAGAAAAUGUGCACACAGAGUGAGAAAGGGUGUUUCGGGGAGCCCACAGAAAGGUUGGUCCCGCACGUAAUUGACGAGGACUGGAGAUGUAACCUGCCAUUACAGGUUUAGUCUAGUGUCCCAUGGUUUUCGUAGGGGCCUCUUACAUGCGUUCCGCGUCGUCAUUCCGGUGGUCUCUUGAAGUGAACAUGUCCUCCAUAUCUCGUCCUCGUGAGCAAGAGAGCGAUGCUUUGCUUUCCUAUGCUAGCCGGAGACGCGUAACUCUCCAAAGCCUGACCAACCCGACGAGUACCGGUCUACUUGUGUACAGAGUCUUUUGUAGGUCGCACAGGAUACCACACACCCGCACCGGUUACAUGUAUCAGAGAGCCCGCACUCUGCCCCCCCGAGCCAAAAGUUUGAAAAAAAUGACGGUGCCGAAAAUGGCGGCGUUGGAAUUGCCUCGUCACGAGCUUUCUCAAAAUGCACCUGUGACGUUCUCUUCAUCGUGGAGUACGCAUAUGUCGAGCUUAUUGGAAUUUAGUCCAGGGGUGUGUGCUAUCUUUCGGUACAACAGUGUCGCGGUCGUGGCAAAUCUCGUCCUUCCCCGAGCGAGCUAAUGCACCGCAGUGUUGCGCCAAAGGGAGAUUCCAAACUCAACCUUGGUUUCGGCUGGACUCUCGGCACCCUCCGUUUUGCCCGGCAUCUUCCUUCUUACAAACAUGAUCGUCUCUGUGUCCUCUGGAGUGUUCGAGAACACAAGAACAUACCGUUGGGUACCUUGAUCUCGCUUUUGCUGUUGCUUUUGUUUUUUGUACAUCUGGCUGUCCUGUUUGCUCCGUUACUCCCAUGCCCUGGUGCGUAGUGCCUGGUGCUGGACAAGGGGGGUGGUGCUGCUACUGUAGUCGAAUUGUAGUGUGUGGGCGUGCAGUUCAGUUGUGAGCACGUAAACGUGCUGUAGGGAUUGCACGUGUACCUCCUCGGGCUUGUGUACCCUUUUCUUCCUAAUAGUGUGUGUGUUCUUUAGAUCUUCUCAUGGCUCUAGCAUUUUUGUGACCACGGACCGAGUCUUUACUAGAUUUUGGGAUUAGCAACUGACACGAGAAUAAACAGCAACAACAACAACA